GCAUUAACACAGAAACUUUGUUUGAUAUUCCACAUUCAAAUAAGAGUCGAAAUGUGCUUUUCAUUUUCAAAAUUGAACUUAAAUAACUUCUCAUAUGACAGAAUGUAUAUGAAAAUAUUCAUGUAGGUUUACAAUGGUACACAAGGUGCUUAUAUUGAUCCUGAUGCUCCUGUACAUAUAAUAACAGGAUCAGCGGGUUGUAAUGAACGUCAUGAUCCAUUUGGUGUUCCUCGACCAUGGACAGCAUUUCAAAAUAGUGAUUAUGGUUAUACACGAAUGAAUGUACAUAAUGCUUCACAUCUUUACUUAGAACAAGUAUCCGAUGAUCAGGGUGGAAAAGUGGUUGAUAAUAUGUGGUUAAUUAAAUCUAAACAUGGCCCUUAUUCAUAUUUUAAAUGA